CAUUUCUACAGCAGGGCAGGGCGAUCGCUUUUGACUCGCUAAUCAUGUCACAGAAACCCUCGACUGCGAAACCCCGCCCGGCCAGCAACGCCGGUGCAGCCGGUAGACCGCGUCCUAAAUUCACACCCCGUGCGCCCGCCAGCACUGAGGACAGGCUCAAGAAGCUUCACGCUGGGUUGGUCGACCAAAUCAACGAGGGGUAUCUGGAGAACGCGAUCAAGACGUGCAGGAAGAUCCUGGUUUUGGACCCGAAAUCGUUACCGGCGUUCAAAACCCUCCUCUUUCUCUUGCUUCAGACGGAUCAAUACCCUACUGCCCUUGCCUCCUUCGAAGAGUACCACCACGCCAACUCCCCGCUUAAUCCCAGCCCGUCCGAUAAUGCCGAUGACUUUGAAUUCGAACGGGCGUACUGCUUGUAUAGGCUACACAGGGGGGAUGAGGCAUUGAAGAUGAUUGAACGGAUGGAAAGCUCUAGCACCAACAUGAGCACCAUGGGGUAUGAGACUGAACAGGGAAGAAAGGUCGGCCAUCUCAAGGGACAGAUUCUCUACCGAGCCGGCAACUAUUCUACAGCCGAACAAACUUAUAACGACCUCCUCACAAGCUGUCCCUCCGACUCUCCCGAGUCUAGUGAUAUUUUGGACAAUCUCAACUCGACGCAUACGCACUUGGAUUUCCAAAAGGAUGGGUUCAGAGCUCAAUUAUCUUCCAGUUCAAGUAACGUUGAUAUGGAGAGCUUGGAAAGGGAUUUACCGGCGUUGGGACGGGUUGCUAAGGCUGGAAUGGGGGUGAUGGGGGAAGAAGCUUCAGGCAAAGUCGGAGAAUCUUCAGCGUCCGCGGCCGCAGUGGCGAGCGGGUCCAAGGUCGGGGUUCAAUUACAGGAUGUCAGCGUCAAAAGUAGGACGAGGCACAAGCUGCCUAAAGGGGUCGUCAAGGGUAAAGCUGUCGAACAAGAUCCGGAUCGAUGGCUCCCUCUCCUCCAACGCCGGUCCUACCAAGCCCAGCUUGCCCAGAACCCUUCUUCGUUAGGACAAAACAAGAAACGACGUAACGGAGCGGGCAAUAGUAAGCCCGGGCCUGGGAAAGAGGUUUCCGGGCUGGGUAUGCAGGGUAGUACUAGCGAGGAUGUCAAGGUUGGUGGGAAUGGCAGUGGGGGAGCAACGCGCAGAAAGGGGAAGAAGGGUAGAUAGGGUUGUGGACGUUGAUCACGAUCUUGUUUGGCACGGCGUAUGGCGAGGUCACGCGAGAAGAUAAAGACGAAAUAUAAAAGCUCGAUCGACGCGCGACCUCUAUUCAUCGCUUAAGCUUUAUGGAAAGUUGGAGCAUGAGUGCAGGAAAGAGCUCGAAUGGUUUGGCAUCUUUAGCUGGAAUGGAACGAGUGACCGCUCGUUAAUUGGCGCAAGUUGAAGCUACGAGCGUGAUCCCAGCAUACUCUAUGAUAGGCAUGCCUAUAUGCCGAUACAGAACUGAUAAGGAGGCGGUAUUUGUCUGAGAGAGGC